CGCAGAAGAUUAUACAGAAAUCUGUGCUAUAUUGUUACUCUCGGGACGUUUUGUAUAAUACGAUUAUAUUGCGAACGCUGGCUUUAACUGACAGAAGAUCAGAAAAUAGGAACACGUUUUGGGAUUGUUAACGCCAUUCCUUUGAUAGUAUGUGACCAAAAGAAAAAAAUAAGGACUGAAGAAGAGUGAGAUUUUUCAAAAUGUAUUUUGGAAAUUGCGCUCUGGUUUUGUUCUUCACAGUUGUGACGUAUUCAAAUGCGGCUACUUUUCCUUCGGGAUGCUCCUACCACGAUUUAGUAGGGUCGGUACAUCUGUACAAAUGCACGUUUGGCACUGUAUCUCUACCUCUAACCUACAGCGGUUUCAACAACCCUCUGCCACAAUGGAUCCAAAUAACAAAAAUUAAUGGAAACAUGAACGCUGGAUCCUUUACUGGGUUUGGUUCCUAUGAUACAACCCAACUCAGCCAUGACAAGAAUCCAACUCUUCAGCUGUUCUGUACCACUGGUGGAUCCUUAAAUCUUCAGGCCACAAGCUUCAACACCAUGGGGUACAUCCAAGAAGUCGAAAUUUCCAACUGUAACGUUAAUUUACCAGAUAAUGUUUUCUCGCCUUUUGGGACUCUGAACAAGUUGACAAUUAGCGGGGGCACCCUUACCCUGAAUGCUGGUUCUUUCUCUGGACUGACCAUUGCGCCGAUUGAUAAAUACACCGACCCCGCGGGGGCACUGAUCAUCAAGGACCUGACCCUCAGUGGAGAUUUUCCAACGGGUGUCUUUAGUCCCAUCAACGGGACGAAAACAAUCCGCCUAGAAAAUAUCGGCCUGACCAGCAUCAAUAGCUCAGUCUUCUCAACCAACAUUGGUCUGCACACUCUCUCACUGAAAGAAAACGCGAUUGUUGAUACCAUUCCGACCGACUUCUUUGAUGGACUAGAUGGACUAGUCAAUUUUGAUCAGACAUCUUUCCUUUGGACUUGUACUUGUGAUAAUGUCUGGUGGUGGCCAAAAUCUGUCAAAAAAGGCAUUACCAUUCAUGGAGCCGCCAUCUGCAAUUCUCCUGCUGAUGUGGCUGGAAUGCUUGUCACAAAGUAUUACGAAACUAGCUGUGCCAAGACCUCCGUCUGUGGUGAUACUAUGGGAGUCGCUAUAGGUACCACGUGUCUACCUAUCGGGUAUUUGGUCGGGUUCGGCCUCAUAUUUGUGAUGCUCAUCUUCUGCAUUGUAUCACUAGCCUGUAUCUGUCAUAUGAAGAAAACCGCUCUGGCUGGUCCAGUUAAAAAGACCCGCAAAGGACCCCCAGCCCCGGGGGCCAACAAGAGGGGAGGGGGAGGAGGAGGAGGCAAGGAGAAAGGGGGUGCCGAAAAGAAAAGACGAGGAAGUGGAUGGGUGUGAUUGAAAACAUUUUACAUGUACAUUAAUCGAAUUAAAUACAUCUACAUGUAUUUCAAACUUAAUAUGAUUCCGGGUUUAAGUAAACCAACAUGUUUGUAAAGUAAUUUAUCAAUUCUUAGUUGUUAAAUGAAGAAUGCCUUCCUGUUUUGUGUAUAACAUACCAACUAAAAAAUGUUAUAUCUUUAUUUUAUCGAUUACAAAAUAAAAUUGUUCACCCAUGGCCAAAUAAA